UGACUAAAGUGAGCUAAUAACACAUACGUAACGCGACAUUUCAACAACUAUCUAGGUAGACUUAGUGGUUUUUAGAGUUGUGUAACUCAACUUGAGAUUUAAGAGGAUACUCUCAGUUGUUGUUCACCAAUUCAACGAUAGCUAGCUGGCUAAUGGCUACUCCAACUGACAUUUCACUGACACAUGCAAACGUUAACGUUACACGUUGGGGGCUGAACUGCACUCAGAGCAGAGGGCCGACAGGAAAUAACAAGCCCUCAAACCAGACAUGACAAGUGACAGUGGAAGGAUGAUCAACAUGAUGGAGGCACCAGGCAGAAACACCAACUUUUCAUAUGAGCAGGAAGUCUCCUCACCCAGCAUGUCCAUUGACAAGCUGCUACCGGCUCUCCUGCAGUGCUUUGGGAUAAUACUGUGUGGAUACAUCGCAGGGAGGGCAAACAUCAUCAACUCCACACAGGCCAAAGGAUUGGGGAAUUUUGUGUCCAAGUUUGCCCUCCCAGCUUUGCUGUUCAAGAACAUGGUGCUGUUGGACUUUGGGAAUGUCAUCUGGCCAUUUCUAUGGAGCAUCCUCAUUGCCAAAGUGUCUGUGUUUUUCCUUGUCUGCGUUCUCACGCUGAUAGUUGCCAGUCCUGAGAGCCGCUAUAGUAAAGCUGGGCUUUUCUCAAUAUUUGCCACCCAAAGCAAUGACUUUGCCCUGGGAUAUCCCAUUGUGGAGGCCCUUUACAAGAGCACAUACCCAGAGUACCUGCAGUACAUCUACCUGGUGGCACCGGUGUCCCUGAUUCUUCUAAACCCCAUUGGCUUUGCUUUCUGCGAGAUCCAGAAGUGGAAGAAUCAGGGAAACCAUCAACAGAGAAAAAUCCUGAUCGUGGGGCUUGUAGUGUUGCAGGUCCUGAAGAACCCUAUAGUGUUCAUGGUUGUCAUCGGCAUCAUCGGCCAUUUUGCCCUGCAUCAGACAAUUCCUCCCUUCAUGGCUUCAUUUCUUGAUGGCUUGGCCAACUCUUUCGGGGGAGCAGCUCUGUUCUACUUGGGUCUGUCCAUGGUGGGACAGUUGGGGAAAUUAACCAGAUCCUCAGUCGUGACACUGAUUUUACUCACAACAGCGAAACUGUUGCUGAUGCCACUGAUUUGUAAGGACAUGGUGGAUUUAUUGGACAAUACCAACACCAGCUCAUUGAACCACUCAAGCCUCUCCAAUUAUGCCUUUCUUUAUGGUGUGUUUCCCACUGCACCAAGUGUGGCCAUCUAUGCUGUUUAUUACAACGCAGAGCUAGAAGUUGUAACCUCUGGGAUGGUGAUCAGCACUUUUCUCUCAGCUCCAAUAAUGUAUGUUUCUGCCUGGUUACUUACCAUGCGCUGGAUGGAUCCUCAGCUUUUGAUGAAUUCACUGCUGAGUGUCAGCUUUAAUAUAAGCAUAGUGACCUUGGUUGCACUGGUUUGGACAAUUGCUGUCAUGUUUUUAAGUAAAAAAUUCAAGAGGCUACCUCACAUGUUUACAAUCAACCUUUUUUUGGCACAGUUUCUAACUUGUGUUGGGAUGAUUCUGUGGAACUUUAUGGUGAAAGAAGACAACUUCAUCGGGCAGGUCCUGACGUUCACAAUAAUAUGUACCUCCCUCUACAGUAGCUUUGUUUGGCCAGGUUUAAUAGCACUCUCUCUUGUGCUCAUGAAGAGGCAUGAGGAUGUGAAAGUCUUACCCGGCGCGUUCCUCAUUGCUGGCUGGGGUAUCCCAGCCUCAAUAACAGCUGCGUUGCUCAUUUCUGGGACAAAAGUGCCAGACACUAUUGACUCAGCUUUCUUUUAUGGCAAACCACAGAUAAUAUGCACCACGGUUGUGCUAGCUCUCAGUAUACUGCUGGGAGGGAGCUCUCUUAUAUGUCUCAGCAGAGGAAGCUGGGCCCACACUGAGGAAAACUCUGCAGAGGAUCUUGUCACUGAGGAUGAUCCAGAGAACCAGUCUCUGUUUGAGCCAACCGCCCCAUCAGGAGAUCCCAACGGAGCGUGCCUCCUGUGUGACUGCGCCCCACCCCAGCCCAUGCCUGACAUGAUCAGCUCCACCAUGAACAACACAGCAACCACACUCACAGGUCUGUGUGAGAGCCGUUGUGAGUCCACAGACUGCCUGCUUGUCCAAGUGGAGGAGCUCCAGCAGGUAGAAGAAAGACAAGUGGCCCGUCAUGUGCUCCUCUGUCUGCUUCUGACUGUUGGCUUGUUGGCUAACCUGUCCAGCUGCUUGUGGUUGCUCUUGAACCCGGUUCCUGGUAGACUCUACUUGGAGCUGCUGUUCUUCUGUGCUGUGGCCAACUAUGGACAGGGUUUGCUCUCUUUUGCUCUCUUUGGGAUGGACAAGCAUUUGAUAAUACUGCCAUUUAAAAAGAGGUUACAUCGUCUGUUUCAUGGAAAGAAGCAAGAAGAGCAACCACAGACUAAUCUACCGGAGGAAAUUAGGAUGACCUGCUCCCAGUUCACCCAAUACCACAAGGACCAGUGUUGUCAUGACAUCGUCAAAAAGAGAAGGUGUGGGAAGCGGACUAUGGUGGAGUGUUUCCUUGGCUGUGACCUGGUGGAGUGGCUGCAGCAGGUGGGCUUGGCUCAGGAUCAGGGGGAGGCGGUGCUCUACGGGACGCGCUUACAGCAGGGCGGUGUGCUCAAGCACAUCGGGCAGGAAAACAGCUUCCAAGACAGUCACCUUUAUUACCGCUUCAUGACAUAAGAAACAAGGUCAACCUUUCUGUUCUUAUUAAAGGAAAAUUGCAUUUUCAUUGAGGAAGAAAAUGUCGCCUUUGAUAGAUCUUAAGGUCAGGCCACAUGAAGAAGCAUACUGACCUCUAGGAAGUACCAUCAUCUGACAUGCUGUGUGCACUCCAUGCACAGUACAGCCCUUCACAAUACUGUUUUGUUCAGCACAACAUCCCUGUCGGGUGUUGGAACAGACCCCACCUGAACGUGAUGAUGGGUGUGUUCAGAAGGGCAACAGACUUGAAACUAGUAAGGCCAGGUCAUCGUACUGUGCAGAGUUGGUCGUAAAGGGAUUUCUAACCAUAAAUGUGUUAUUUAUGUAGUUAAACAUUUAACAUUUCAAUCACCAGUAUAAAUGUAGAGAUAUUGAGAUGCAGGAACAUUGCUUCAACGGUCAGUCAGGACAGACUCUGCAUCAUUUUAACUGCAAUGAAACUGGUGAUUAAAAUGAUUACAUUGAAAAUGACUGAGGGCCAUAACUUCAUGUAACCGGGGCCGUGCACACGGCCUAAAGUUUAGCUGUUCUACUGAUCAAAGUUGCCCUCUAACUCAACUUGAUCAAACAGCAAAAACUCCACAGAUUCAAUUUAAAGAAACACGAUAUAGUUGGCAGUCAACAAAAAGGCUUAAGACAAGGAGUUUCUCCCAAGAGUAUGACAUUUAUUAUCAAUAGACACAUUUACAAACAAUACUUUAACCAGUAAAAACAACAACAAUUUAUUAUGAAUUAAUCUACUAUGCUAUUUAAAAUGGUAUCCAGCGUAUAAAAACGGACUAAAUGAGUGCAGACAGUUGCUGUUGGGAGGUCAAAUCUAAAUACUACUCACCGCCACUCACACGUGCCCUGUACAGACACAGCAACUGAAAAGAAAGUGAUACAUUAAGAAAGGUGCAAAUGUAACUAAACACACACACUUAAGGGGCAGUGAAGUGCACGUGAGGGCCUAACACUGCUGAAUCCCAACUCCCAAGGCUGCCGCUCACGUCAGGGGUGCUGGAUCCCUCAACAGGACAUCAACUCAUUGAGAUAAUAAAAACACUCAUACUCUUGGCAGAAAAUCCUUGUCUUAGGCCUUUUUGUUGACUGCCAACUGUAUCGUGUUUCUUUAAAUUGAAUCAGUGGAGUUUUUGC